AAUCCUCACACGAGAAAAGGAAAUGACCUCAGAAGCCAAAAAUUUGUCUCACACUGUGACUGAGUUCAUCCUCUUGGGCUUCCGUUGCCGCUGGGAAAUACAGCAAUUCCUCUUUUCCAUAUUCUUUGUGAUGUACAUCCUGACUCUCUUUGGAAACAUGGCCAUUGUGUGUGCAGUGCCCUGGGAUCACCGGCUCCAUACACUCAUGUACAUCCUGCUGGGCAACUUCUCCUUCCUGGAGAUCUGCUAUGUCAACUCUGAUGUGCCCAACAUGCUGGUCAACUUCUUCUCCAAGACCAAAACCAUCUCCUUCAGUCAGUGCCUCCUACAGUUGUACUUCUUCUUCUCACUGGGCACAACUGAAUGCUUAUUUCUCUCUGUCAUGGCCUAUGACCCAUUCCUGGCAAUCUGCCACCUCCUGUACUACCUCACAGUCAUGACUAAUAAAUUCUGUGGCAGCCUGGUCAUCUUUUGCUGGGUGUAUGGUUUCCUCUGGUUCCUGAUCCCAGUGAUACUUGUUACUCAACUGCCAUUUUGUGGCUCAAAUGUUAUUGAUGACUUUCUGUGUGACCUGGGUCCUCUGCUAGACCUGGCUUCAGCCUGUGUCCCAAUCCCAAGGACUGCUCUCAUAUGUGGCGCCAUGAGUUCCCUUCUCAUCUUUGCCACCUUUUUCUACAUUAUUGGCUCAUACACGCUGGUGCUCAGGGAUGUGAUGCAGGUGCCCUCAGCUGCUGGCCAAAAGAAGGCCUUCUCCACCUGCUCCUCCCAGCUGGCUGUGGUGUUUCUGUUCUGUGGAUCUGUCAAGAUAACCUAUGUGAGCCCUGGGUCAGGACAAGGAGAGGGCAUGCAGAAGUUCACUACUUUUUUCUACUCAGUUUCGACCCCAUUUUCAACCCCAUGA